UCUGUCGUACUUUUCGUUCAUCCGAACGUCUGAUGUACGAUUGCCAAAGCUCGACUAAAACUCGUCUUUAAACAACAACAUUUUUGUCGCCUGAAAUACUUUUUGGCUAUCAGUAAAAUGCCUGAGGACGUUCGGAAGCAUUCGCUGAAGAGGACUCAUGACACUUUUGUGUCCGAACAAGCGACAAAGUACCUCGCAUUGGAGGAAAAGAGCCAAGACGGCGUUCCGGACAUCCAUCGGCACACCCGGGCAGCGGAGCGAUCGCUCCCGCCUUCCACCGCGUCGUCGCUGGCGGAAGGCGGCGGCACCAGAACGUCCGCUCUCAUCAGGCGAGCGCCCAGCAUGCCGAAGCCUCAGUGGCGCCCACCGUGGAAACUGUUUCGGGUCAUCAGCGGUCACCUCGGCUCGGUGCGCUCCAUCGCCGUGGAGCCAGGCAAUCAGUGGUUCGUCACCGGCUCUGCUGAUAGGACUAUGAAGAUCUGGGACCUGGCGAGCGGGAAGCUGAAGCUGUCGCUAACGGGCCACGUUAGCACGGUGCGCGGCGUGGCGGUUAGCAGUCGCAGCCCCUACCUCUUUUCAUGUGGCGAGGACAAGCAAGUCAAGUGUUGGGAUUUGGAGUACAACAAGGUCGUCCGACACUACCACGGCCACCUGAGCGCCGUGUACGGCCUGGACUUGCACCCCACCUUAGACGUGCUGGUGACGUGCGGCAGAGACGCCACGGCCAGGGUGUGGGACAUCCGCUCCAAAGUCAAUGCGUGCACGCUCACCGGUCACACCGACACGGUGGCCACGGUCCGGUGUCAGGCCGCAGAGCCGCAAGUCAUCACCGGGAGCCACGACUCGACCAUCCGAUUGUGGGACUUGAUUGCGGGCAAAACCAGAGCCACGCUGACUAAUCACAAGAAGUCAGUCAGAAGCGUUGCGCUGCACCCACGACAAUACACUUUUGCCUCCAGUUCGGUCGACAACAUCAAACAGUGGGUGUUCCCAGACGGUAAAUUUUUUCAGAACCUGUCGGGCCACAACGCCAUCAUCAACACGCUGGCCGUCAACUCCGACGGCGUCCUGGUGUCCGGAGCCGACAACGGGACCGUCCGCUUGUGGGACUGGAGGACCGGCUACAACUUCCAGCGGAUCCACGCCGCCGUGCAGCCCGGUUCCCUGGACAGCGAGUCGGGCAUCUUCGCCUGCAUCUUUGACAAUUCUGAAAGCCGUCUGAUCACGGCCGAGGCCGACAAGACCAUAAAAGUCUACAAAGAAGAUGACACCGCUACAGAAGAGAGUGACCUUAUCAACUGGAAACCAGAAAUCUUAAAAAGAAAAAUAAGCUACUAACUCCCCUCCAUCAUUUUUUGGCAACUUUUAGCGAAACUGUACAUUUUUAGCAAAAAUCGAAGAGAACUUUUGUGCACCUUAGCGUCCGGAAUUUGUUGAUGUAUAUAUGAUGUGAUGUAAUUACCUGGAAAGCUACCAUCAAUUACCCGUACUUGUUAUUUUACUGGAGAGCCUAAAUUCUUACUAGUCUG